AUGGAGGAGAAGGCGUCGUCGCCGCUGAUCCCGCCGCCGUCGGAGAUCGACCUGGAAGCGGGCGGCGGCGGGGAGCAGCUCCAGUGCCGGAUCUGCCUCGAGACCGACGGGAGGGACUUCAUCGCGCCCUGCAAGUGCAAGGGGACGUCCAAGUACGUGCACCGCGACUGCCUCGACCACUGGAGGGCGGUAAAGGAGGGAUUUGCAUUUUCCCAUUGUACCACCUGCAAGGCUCCAUAUUACUUGAGGGUUCAUUCCCACACUGACAGGAAAUGGCGAACACUGAAGUUUCGUUUCUUUGUUACUAGAGAUAUACUAUUCAUCUUUGCUCUAGUCCAGAUUGUCAUCUCUGCAUUGGCAUAUUUGGUACAUUUUAUUGAUGGGUACCAGCAAUAUUGGUUAAGGACAGCCUGGGGUUUUGAUAAUGAAGUUAGUUUUUAUUAUAUAUGUGGUGCAUUAUUGUUUUUUGCUUUGUUGGGACUAUCGGGAUGCUUCAUAACCUGUUAUGACCGAAGAGUACGGAAUGACUUGGCUCAGCCUUGUCGAGAAUUAUGUCUUUGUUGCUGUCAGCCAGGGAUGUGUGCAGAUUGCCAUCUACCUGGCACGCUUUGCAUGUGGACUGACUGCACUACCUGCUUCGAAGGCUGCGCUACCACAGCUGGCGAGUGUGGUGGUUGCUUGGGAGGUGCUGGGGAAGCCGGGCUACCGUUGCUCCUCAUCAUGGGGGUUAUUAUGCUUGGGCUUUUCACGGUUAUCGGCAUAUUCUACAGUGUCCUGGUCGCAACAAUGGUUGGCCAGCGGAUCUGGCAGCGGCAUUAUCACAUUCUUGCCAAACGAAUGCUAACCAAGGAGUAUGUCGUAGAGGAUGUCGAUGGCGAGCGCACAGACUGGUCUCCGCCGCCACUACCCGUGGAGCACAUCAGCCAGCUGAAGUCUCUGGGGCUUCUAUAA